GUGCCAGGGGAAGGAUGUGGGUACUGGGAUGAGUGAAGGUCUUAACUAACACAGCAAUCUGUGAGUGAGGAGAUGUGGAGUCAUCUGUUGGACCAAGAAGUGCAUCUGAGAGGGGGAAAAAACCCAGGUUUUGGCUAAAGAAGCUCUUUUUUGGGUCUGGACGCUGGGGUAAAUGCUGGCUCACUGCAGAGCAGGGGGUAUCUAGUGAUUCCAUCCUACCAGUCCGUAUUCUUGUGAACAUGUACAGUUCCUCUUUGAAGCCACAGCUACUGAAAUCCUUUGAUACACUCCAUGAAAUAGUCCCCGUAUUUCGGCUGCGAUGGGAUACAGGUGCAAGGGAAGCGACAUUUGCUGACGGCCAUCGCGGGCUGCUUUUCCCGUGGCAUUUCCUCCGCAGCUCCGAGAGCCGAAUCGGCGCUUGAAUGCAUUAAACUUUUCCACGGACGCAUCAGAUCCUGCUGGCACAGCUCGGCCGAGGGGAAGGGCUCAGUCCCGAGUCCCGCGGGGAUGUUCACCGAGCGUGAGCACCGGCCAGCUGGGGAGGGCAUCACAGGACUGCCCUCAGCGGGACACCUGGUGUGAGGGGCACCCAAACUGCGGGUGCUGCUCCCCGUCUCGACCCGCAGCGCUGCAGCCCGGCCCGGGCUGUGGGACACGGUGAGCCCCGGGGGAGGGCCGUGCUGUGUCUCCGGUUUACCGGGCGGGCUCCGGUGGAGCGGGUCACUGCCGCGGGCUGCCCGAACAGUGCCGCACCCUGCCCGCACUAAAGAUGGCCGCGCUCCCACUUCGGCUCCCGAGGGGCGAAUCCCAAGAAUCCUCCGCUGCCAGGAACAAACAUGGCUGCCAAGUCACAGCCCCCGCCGCCCUCACUCAAUAUGGCGGCCGUGCCCUCAGGCGCGCUCUCGCCAGCAGCCAACAUGGUGGGCGGAAGGCGCGUGUGGCGGGGCCAACAUGGCGGCGGUCACCAUGAGGCUGCCGGCCGUCCGCCCUCCCCUGGAUUCCAGAGCUCCCCGGGGCGGCGAGAAGCACCUGGUGGCACCGGGGGACACGAUCACCACAGACACGGGAUACAUGAGGGGCCACGGUACUUAUGUGGAGGACGACAAGCUGAUCGCCUCGGUGGCCGGCGUGGUGGAGAGGGUGAACAAGCUGGUGUGUGUCAGGGCGCUGAAGGCCAGGUACAACGGCGAGAUCGGCGACAUCGUGGUCGGCAGGAUCACGGAGGUUCAGCAGAAGCGAUGGAAAGUGGAAACAAAUUCCAGGCUGGAUUCAGUCCUGUUGCUGUCGUCUAUAAAUUUACCUGGUGGGGAGCUGAGAAGGAAAUCAGUAGAAGACGAGCUUGCAAUGAGGGACUACCUGCAGGAAGGAGAUCUCAUCAGUGCAGAGGUCCAGUCUAUAUUUUCUGAUGGGGCUGUGUCACUGCACACCCGGAGCCUGAAGUACGGGAAGCUUGGCCAGGGUGUGCUGGUUCAGGUCUCUCCCUCCCUCGUGAAACGCCAGAAGACUCAUUUCCAUGACCUGCCCUGUGGUGCCUCCGUGAUCCUCGGCAACAACGGCUUCAUCUGGAUCUACCCCACUCCGGAGCAGAAGGAUGACGAGGCCGGAGGCUACACUGCCAACUUGGAGCCGGUUCCCUUGUCUGACCGGGAGGUGAUCUCACGGCUCCGAAACUGCAUCAUGGCUCUGGUUACUCACAAGAUGAUGCUCUUUGACACCAGCAUCCUGUAUUGUUAUGAAGCAUCCCUUCCUCAUCAGAUCAAGGACAUUCUCAAACCAGAGGUGACAGAGGAGAUCGUUCUGGAAGCUCGACAGAGGUUGCUGGAUUCAGAGGGAUAGGGCACAUGGCCAGAAGCAGUCAUUUGAAAUCCCAGCAUGGCAGCUUUGAUUCUCAGUAUUAUAUGGGGUUUUUUUCAGUGUUCUAGUCCCCAACAUUCAUUCCACACUUCAGAAACCACCAAAAUUCCUCACUCCUAGGAUAUCUCCUGUGUCCUUUUAGUACAAAGUAAUACUUAAGUACAAUAGACUUUUAGUGCAAUGGCCUGAAAAAUUGAUGUCUGACCUUUAUAAAGAUACAGAUGCAACUGAGACGUCUCCUAGCACCUGUUGCUGUGUCUAGUGGCCCAGAACUUUGUGCAGAAUGACAGAGAGGAAGGGAUAUGUUUUGUGAUGUUUCUCUGUCCCCAGAAGAUGAUUUGGAUUUAAAUUUGCUUGUGAUACAGAUCUGCCAGUCUGUCCCCUGACUGAGAGCUCUUGUUUUUAGGAAUCUAGAUCCUGUGUUUAGAGAACAGGAGUAUCCACACCUCUGCUAACCACAGUUUGGGUCUGGCUGUUCAUGGCUUGAAUGUCUCAGGGGUAUGAGAUGGGGAUGUGGCUGUCACUGUCCAUGUGAGCCAGGAGCUGUGGACAAGCAGUGUCCUGGUUUGUGUAUAUCCUGCUGGUCUAUUUUUUUUUAUGCCUGAGAGCUGAGGGCCUCUUCUGAGGAGGCACCAGUAUGGUUUUGUAUUGAGUAUUUUACAUUUCAAUAAAUUUUUUGAAACAAA